GCUAGUUGCAAGUACAAGACACUAUAAAUAAAACCUUCAUACUUCCCAUGCUGACAUCAACUCCAAUCAUCAUAUUCAAUUCCUCACUUCCAAAAACUAUUCCUUCCUUAGUUCUCCAAACAACUGUCUUUCUCAGCAAAACAACAUGGGUAUUUGCCGAAUGAAUUCAUUGGUUGCUAACUUGAAACAAAUGAUCAAACUAAACAACAAACACCAACCAGAUGUCCCCAAAGGACAUCUGGCGGUGUACGUUGGAGAAAUCCAAAAGAAGCGGUUUGUUGUGCCUUUAUCUUACUUGGACCAACCAUUGUUCCAAGAUUUGCUACGUAGGUCUGAAGAAGAAUAUGAUUUCAAUUAUCCAAUGGGUGGACUUACCAUUCCCUGCCAAGAAGAAGCCUUCAUUAAACUUACUGCUCGUUUGCCCAAUUCGUAAUUCACUAUUAAAUUCACUACUAAACAAAUGAGUAUCACUCACGGGAAAUCUCAUAGUUCCUAGAAUGUGUGGCACCACGAUUUUGAUGUCUUUUAGUCAUUGUUUGAUUGAUUAGAGUAUGGCGUUGCAUGCUCUAAACCAUGUAAAAAGGGGCAUAUGUCUAAUUCCAGUUAUUGUAUAUGAGUAGGUAGUUAUCUUUCCAUUUGGAAUAGAUCUGUUUCUUAAUGCAGUUUGGUAA